AUGCUUCUUUUGAAAUAUUUUUUGUUCUUUGGCGAGAUUUUCGGCGGUUUCAAUUUCGAACUCAAGAGACUAUUCUAUCCAGAUGAUAAACUGAACCCGAAGAAAGAAAAGCGGCUCAAACGAAAACAAGAAAAACAAAGACAACUGAAUCAAUGUCUCGAUGUUCCGAAUGGAUUCGUAACGCAAUUUGCCGAUUUGUUUCUGGUAAAUUGCCAUCAGGGCUUUUGCUUGGGAGCAAAUACAGGGGGCACCUUCAAUUGCGAUAAUGGAGAGCUCAAGCCAAAAGCCGAAUGCACAUGUUGUUCAAAUAGCUGCGAUGGAGACUUGCCAACUGAUCCAGAGACAACUUUUAGGCCGCCUAUUUCUACUGCGAAUCCUUUUGCGCCAACAAAUGGCCCUGCAAGCACGACUUCAGGACUCGUUCUCGAUUAA